GUGAAAUGACAUCGAUAAUUAGACAGCCGAUACCACAACUACCGGAGCUGGAUACGACUAAGCCUUUAGCUCCAGCUUAUUUUCAGAUACUCCCAUAUGUUUUUAUACUUUCUAGUCUGCUAUUCUUACCUAUUCAACUAAGAAGAUACAUAGGAUUACCCGUUACGAUAGCAGUUACUAUAUACCCAUUAGUAUACCUACGUCAACCAGAUGCAGUCACCGCAUAUUUGAUUGGAAAUGCUCAAAUAUAUGCUACCAUCCUCGCUGGUAGCUUGCUCACAGUUGAAAUCGAAAAAACGCUCGUGAAACUCGAUAAAGAAGGGAAUGAGAAAGCACCGCCUGUUGGAUUGUGGGAUAGGUUCAAAUUCUAUGCCGAUUUAUUGUCAAAUCCUCGAGGAAUACACUGGAAAUGGUCACGGAAGAUCGAUAAGCAGGGUAUAGAAGAGGAGUCAACAAAAUCUAAAUGGGUUUUCAUCAGGGAUCGUUUACCAGCUUUAUUCAUUUAUAUUCUUAUCCUCGACGCGUUUGAGACAUAUCUACACACACCACCAUAUGAUAUCCUGACAAUAAGGCCUAUAUCUGCUCAACCAGCGACCUUGCAGGUAUUCCACUUGAUCUUCUUUGCUUUGGUAGCAAUGUCAGCUAUUAGUGUAUCCAAUAUACUCGCUUCUAUUGUCACUGUCGCGAUUGGUUUGAGUAAACCGAAAGAUUGGCCAAGGUUUUUCAACAUGAAGGAAUCAUGGUCAAUAGCACGCUUAUGGAGCAUGGGCUGGCAUAGUGUAUUCAAGAAGACAAUCACAUUUUAUGGUAACGCUAUUAGUAGUGUUUUCCCAAGAUUUGCACAAAUGCCUAUCAAAGUCCUGAUUGGGUUCAGUCUUACAGGAUUGAGCCAUGCUAUGGGUGCAUACAUUAUGGCUGGUUUAGGUAAAGGUCAAUUUUACUUUUUUGUUAUCCAAACUGUUGGUAUUGUUGCUGAGUAUGUCUUACUUGGCAAUACAUUCACUGGUGAACCACCAUCAACUAGUAGAAAGUGGUUUGGCUACUUAUAUACAGCUGGAUUUGUUGGAAUUACAAGUAGACCAUUCCUUGACGAAUUCAUCGUUUCUGGAUUGUGUACAGAUGACAUAAUACCAAUUUCAAUUACUAGAGGAAUCCUUACAGGACAAUGGAGAGUAUAGAUAUACGAUUGUAAUUUUCUAUUUAUAAUUUUUUUAUUAUCACAAUUUAUAAUCUAUUACGUUACCUCG